AAGUGCUCUGCUUCCACAUCAGCCAUAUUCCUUCCCCAUUGAACCACUUUGUCCUGCUCAGCUUUGGGAGGAAAUAACCUUCACCUGCAAAAACGACCAGGUUUCCUGGUUAGCUUCGCGCCAGGAUCUUUAGGGAGUGCUUGUGCAAUGUGAAGGAAGUGAAAGUGAAGAGCAGGAUGUUGAUGUUGAGCCGCUUCAGCUGGACCAGUGUCACUGCGCGAUGGAAUGCAUCACGGUUUGGGCUGCAGCACAGCUGGAUCACACCGACCAGCUUAGUGAAGAACUCUUCCACACGCUUUUAUUCCAGCCUGAAUGUUUACAACGAAACUUUUAUUAAAGCUGCAGAAAACCCGGAACUCUUCUGGAGUGAAGCUGCACAGAACACCAGCUGGACUCACACAUGGACUAAAACACUGGACUGCACGGAUAAAGUCUUUCCCAAAUGGUUUGUUGGAGGAGAGCUGAACAUGUGCUAUAACGCUGUGGAUCGUCAUGUUGAAGCCGGGAGAGGAGAUCAGACAGCCAUCAUCCACGACAGUCCUGUUACUCACUCCAAACAGACCAUCAGCUACAGAGAGCUGCUGGAUCAGGUGUCCAAGCUGGCAGGAGUUUUGGUAAAGCAUGGUGUGAAAAAAGGUGACUUGGUGGUGAUCUACAUGCCCAUGGUGCCUCAGGCCAUGUUCACCAUGUUAGCCUGUGCCAGAAUUGGAGCUCCACACAGCCUCAUCUUUGGCGGCUUUGCCUCUAAAGAACUCUCUGUCCGUAUUGACCACGCUAAGCCCAAAUUGCUGGUUACGGCAUCGUUCGGGAUCGAGCCGGGUCGAAGGGUGGACUACAUUCCUCUGGUGGAGAAAGCGCUGGAGCUGAGCAGCCAUAAACCUCACAAAGUCCUCAUCUAUAGUCGUCCGGGCAUGGAGAAGGUGCACACACAGCCCGAGCUGAACCUGGACUGGGAUGAGGAAAUGUCUUCAGCUCGUCCUCAUGACUGUGUGUCUGUUCCUGCUCAUCAUCCUCUCUACGUCCUGUACACUUCAGGAACCACCGGCACACCAAAAGGUGUAGUGAGGGAUACAGGAGGCUAUGCGGUGAUGUUGAACUGGACCAUGUCCAGCGUUUACGGUCUGAACCCUGGUGAGGUCUGGUGGGCUGCGUCGGAUUUGGGUUGGGUCGUCGGACACUCUUACAUCUGCUAUGGUCCUCUUCUCCAUGGCAACACCACUCUGCUCUAUGAGGGAAAGCCUGUGGGAACGCCUGAUCCUGGAGCAUUUUUCCGUGUCAUGUCUGAACAUGGAACAGCAUCAGUGUUUACAGCUCCCACUGCCAUCAGAGCAAUCAGACAACAAGAUCCACAUGCAGCGUAUGGAAAACAGUACACGCUAAACAGUCUCAGGUUGUUAUUUGUAGCCGGUGAGAGGUGUGACUUUGAGACACUACAGUGGGCUAAAAAGAGUUUUGGAGUUCCUGUUUUAGACCAUUGGUGGCAGACUGAGAGCGGCUCAGCCAUCACAGCGUCAUGUGUCGGUUUGGGAAAUUCUCUAUCGCCCCCUGCUGGAACUGCAGGCAAACCUGUACCGGGAUACAAUGUGACUGUGAUUGAUGAUGAAAUGCAACAGGUGAAGCUGAGAACACUGGGAAAUAUUGUGGUAAAGCUGCCUCUCCCUCCCGGUGCUGCUUGCUCUCUCUGGCAGAAUGAUGAGCUCUUUAAACAACUCUACUACACCAAAUUCCCUGGUUACUAUGACACCAUGGAUGCUGGAUAUAUCGAUGAGGAGGGAUUUGUAUACAUUAUGUCACGCUCUGAUGAUGUCAUCAAUGUGGCAGGCCACAGGUUGUCCACUGGAGCACUGGAAGAGUGUAUAUUGCAGCAUCCUGGUGUAGUGGACUGUGCUGUAGUGGGACUGGAGGACUCGCUGAAAGGACACGUCCCUCUGGCGCUGUGUGUCCUCCGACAUGAUUUUGAGAAGAACAAAGCCGUAGUGAUGAAGGAGUUGGUCAGUUUGGUGCGAGAGAACAUCGGUCCAGUCGCUGCUUUCCGGAAAGUUCUGUUCGUCAGAGCUCUACCCAAAACCCGCUCAGGAAAAAUCCCACGAUCCUCUCUGGCUAAUCUCAUCAACCAGAAGCCUUAUAAGAUCACGCCCACUAUUGAGGAUCCUGGAAUCUUUAAGACCAUCGAGAAGGUUGUGCAGGAACAUCUAAAAUAACCUGGAAGUUAACGGCACACUAAAAUACGUGGACACUCACUUUAUUAUACAAACACACACACUCCAGCCCUUUUUACCUUUUGGGACCCUGUAACCACUCCGUGAAUGAUGUAAUUUAAGUAUGAUUACCACAGGAAUUCACAAUGUGCCUUUAAAAUGUGAACAAUGUGAUUUAAAUUCUGGUGAUGAUUUUGUCAGAUUAUGCUGUAAUGUGCUGAUACACACUAAUGACAUAAAAACAAACUAACAAUGCAAA